CGACCAAUGAAGUAACUGCUGACAUAGGCGAACAGAGAUCCAAAGAAGGCACCGGCCUGGUACACAGAGACAAUGUUCUGCUUGACCAGGGCAAGCGCAUUAGGCUCAUAGUUCUCAAAGUUAAACUCCUGCACGAAUGAGGGCAGAGCAAGUGUCGUGCCGAUGAAAGCAGAGUCGUAACCAAUUGUGCAAGCAGCCAUUGAUGCAAUGGCGGCGCAUGUGUAGACGCGCCAGUUGUAGACGGCCUUUGGCGUAGGCCGAUCUUCUUGCAGAGUCAAGAGGCCCAUGAUUGCGGCGUCUCAAGGUUCAAAUUUGAACUUUACUGCUUGAGAACUGUUGCAGCUGUGGGGAGAUAAGGUUGCAAAGAAGGUUGUGGAUGAACUGGAGAGUCGAAGAGACAAUCCCCAAAACCGGUGGGGGGCAAAGAUUUAUACAAGUCAAGUUGACCCAUAUUCCCCCUAGUCUAGCAGUAAAACGUCUCCAAAAACUAGUGUGCCGCUGGACCAGCAAGGGCCAACUCAAUUCAACAACCGAACAAUUGCUUCUCCAGAAUUGGAGAUUCAGUCCGGGGUUUGCGGGGUUGGAUCUGUGGGGGAAGAAUAUGCUUCCGUCGUUGCAUGGGAUUCGAGAUUGUCAUUGUCUGUUUGCUGGGACGCACAGGGUGUCUGGAUCUCGUGUUGCUGAGAGAACGUGUCGAGGGAUAAAGACUUUUCCGCGGUGCCACAAUCCUGACUCAACUGUUCUGGGGUCUCCGCAUCAUUACCACCAUGUGGCCGCGGAUCUAACCUUGUUUCGUCAGGAAAUGGGGAGAAAAUCUCAAGCGCUCAUCAUUUAUCCCUGUGUUCCCCAUUUGCACGGCGAUGUCGGCACUAUUCCGAGGUUGAUUGGACAUUUUUCAGCAGCUCCAACACACCGCGUCAGCAAAAAUAUAGCAUUCUCCGAGGAUGAAAGGAUGUUAUUGCUGGGGAUGUUUGUAAGUCGCACAAGGAUCUCGGCCUGAACAGAUGUGAUCAGCGCUGUCAGUCUAGGCAGUUUCUUACGCCCCAUCAGCCAAGACAUCAC